AUGUUUAGAGUAUUGAAGGGCGACCACAGUCCAGCGGCACAACAACAAAAUUUGCUCACCUUCGGGGAAAGCUUUUCACUACCCGGGAACGACAAUUCUGCCUCAGAUUAUCAGUAUGGUAGAGAGAGCAGCCGAGACCGCGUCAAGCGACCCAUGAAUGCCUUCAUGGUGUGGUCUCGCGACCAGAGGCGCAAGAUUGCUCUAGAGAAUCCCCAGAUGCACAACUCUGAGAUCAGCAAACGACUGGGAUACCAGUGGAAAAUGCUUACAGAUGGCGAAAAACGGCCAUUCUUCGAGGAGGCCCAGAGACUGCAGGCCAGGCACAGAGCGAAAUACCCAGACUAUAAGUACCGACCUCGUCCUAAGGGUACGAUUCCCACAGGCUCGGUUUCAACAGUGAGUAACCAGGUGCAUGUGGCCCACAAGUUAUACACCUACAGCUGUGCCAAGGCCACACAUUUACGAAUGGAGGACCAGCUAAGCUGCUUGCAGCCCAUUAACACAGCCCGCUUGCUGCUGCAACAGGAGAGCUACAGCAACCCGUCAAGCCUGCAUGGCCAUCAGGUAACAUUACAGUUCAUUAUGACUUUCAUUGGCCGCUGA